CGCAAUUUUUAAAAGUCUUACUCCAUGUACUCAAAGUUCGACGCUACAUCGCGACAUAGUUUUUGUUGACAUUCACAACCAAAUUUUCUCUGUCAAUAAGCUUGAUUUUUCUGUAAUUCCUACAUUUUGACAACUCGGGCUUGGACCUGACACAGCUACAUAAUGAAGGGCGCAAGACCAAUUGGAACAGCUGCUGGUCGUCCUCCUGGUACAGCCACCAGACUCACCACUGGCAUGACGAAUGGUGGAAGGGUUAACUUAAAAACACCCGCUGCUGGACUUCUCAUGAAGACCCAGCCAUCAGGUGGAGCUGGUGUGAUGUUGGCAUCCCAGGUGACUGUUGCUGACCGACCUAUAACCCAGCAGGGGUUGAGUGGCAUGAAAACUGCAGCUGGUAAAGCUGGGAAAAGACAAGUCCAAGACAAGACCUAUUACUUGGGACAACUGAGAUCGAAAAUCACUGAACUGAAUGCGGAGAUUGGGAAACUACGGCGGGAAAUAGACGAAGGGGAAGAAGAGAACAACAGCUUCCUGCAAUAUGAGAAAACGGCUGAAGUUUUGGCAAACGAGUUGAAGAGUCUACAAGGAGAGCUUGGUGAUUACAACACUCUUGUUGACAAGUUGAACACUGAUGAAGAUAUCCAAGAUGUGCAGAUGGAUCUAGAGGAGCUCAAGGCCCAAAAUGAAAGAGAUGCCAAGAAUAUUGAUCAUCUCUUUGGACAAAAACAAGAGAAAGAAAACGUCAUACUUCAGCUCGAGCGAGAACUUGAUCAAGAGAGGAGAAUGGCUGAUAAUCUGGUCACAAAUAUGAAUCCCGAGAUGAGACAAAGGUACAUGAAUCUAAAAGACAUGAACGUGCAUUUAUUAAGGCAGCUAGAGUCGGGGCAGCAGGAGCUUGAUGCCCUUAACACAAAGAAAGACAAUUUAGAGGAGGAAUUAUCCAUGUCUCAAAUCAAACAAGAAGCUGUCCGUCUUUAUGACCAGCUGUAUGAACUGGAGAUGAAGAGAGACCAACUGAUCGAUGAGGCCUCAUCCAAGGGCUCUCCAGCAGAAGAGAGGGAGAAGCUACUCAAGCAGGUCAAGGAGGACAAUCAAGAGAUAGCAAGCAUGGAAAGACAGGCCAAUGAUAUUCGAGAAAAGUUAGCUGCUGUCCAGGAAGAGAUACGUCAGCUUGAUAUGGACAUUGAGGAAAGCCAGGGCGAGAGGAAUCAAAAGUAUCGGGAAUUGAAGAAGAGAGAGGAGACUAUGAAUGAGUUCUUGGAUGCCUUUGAUGAAACAAGACAUCAGGAGAUGCAACGAAUAUCUAAUCUUGAAGCCAACAUAGUAGCUCUAUUGGAGCACAUGAGUCGAAAUAUGGCCCGUGUGACCCACCUGCCUACCCCCAAGGAGCUACAGAGUAUGAAGGAAGAUCUGGCCUUCAAGGAGGGAGAGAUGAAGAAGUCUGAGGUGACUGCAACUGGCUUAGCAGGAGAGAGUGAGAAACUCCAGGUUGAUUUGCAGAAGGUCGAACAGCUCGAGAGCAAGAUCAACUCCGAGCUGGAUUCAUUGAGGAGCAAGAUUGAGACGAUGGAAACAGAACUUGAGGUCUACUCGGACAUUGAUCGGCUGAAGAAGGAGGCGGAGAUGAAGAAGAAGAAACUGAGUGAGGAUAAGAUAAUACUUCAGAAGAGACGAGACACUUUCAAGAAACAGAUGCAGCAGCUGACAACGCAAUAUGAGGCAUUGAAGGCUCAGCUCAGUGAGAAUGAGACCUACACACAGCUCGGUAAUCUUGAGCGAAAAUGGCAUCACCAUGAACAGAACAACUUUGUGAUGAAAGAGUUCAUUGCCACCAAGACUAUGGAAUGUGACUACCGCCCAAGCACGAAGCGAGUGGGCAACAUGCUGGAGGAGUACAACAAGGUUCUGCAGGAGCAACUCUCGGGAAAGCCAUCUGUGUAGACUCAUAGACUAUGUGAUUGUACUUAAAAGACGUUUAGGCCAAACUUGUGCAAGUUCAGAUAAGCCAUCCGUCUUUGCAUGUGAAAGACAAUUCUCAUUGUAAAAUGAAAUGUGCACCAAGUCCAGCAUUUUGAGUUGAUGCUAUCACAACAUUGCUCACACGAAGACAUGUUUCCCCUCCAACUAUCAGAACACACUGGCCAACAGUAUAUCAUUUAUGAUUGAAACAAAUUCGAUGUGUUUCCAAAUAAAUGUCCUGUGUAGAUUCACAUUUUGAUACCAGGUGUCAGAUUGGAUGUUACCAUAUGCAAUUUAGGAAAGAAGAAUUUCAGAAUAUUGGCAGAUUGCCAUUUAACAAGGUCUUGUCUGUUGCGACAUUUUGAUAAUUUUUUUUCUAAAUUCCCUACUUUAAACUACAUGUACUUGAAAUUUGUCUAAAACUGGGGUAAACUCAGGGGAAAAAGAGGUACCCCUGCCAAGAAACAUCACUGACCCACAGGACUUUACUAUAUUGAGUCUUUGCCAAGUAUACAUGUACCCAUCUCAUGUAAUGUUGUAAAAAUAUGGCAUCAAUGACCAAAAUCUAGCUAUUGAUUUUAUAGAAUUGUAAACAAACUACAGCUUUUGUAAUAGUGUCACCUGUAAACAGACCUAAUUUAGAAAUUGUCAUCAAAGCGUAUUUUACAACUGGUAAAUAUUGAUAAGAUGAGUACAGGUACUUUUUGAACAAUAGCCAAGUUUUUUACAAUCCGCAGAUUGACUUGACAGUUAAAUGCCACUUCACAAAAGGUACUCAACAUGACUUUUUUCACGAAAUAAGAGGCUUUUUUCAUUAGAGCAGAAUAGUGGCAGUGAGUUCUUAUGUUUGCCGUGUUUUUAAUGCCAGUUACCGGUACUUGUCGUAUUACUUUUCUCUAGUAUGCAAAAAUGUAACUACACAGACUGUUGGUCCCCUCCAAGUUGUCAUGACAUGUUCAACUUAAACCAGUGUAUUUAGAUGUGGAUUGUGCCUUUUGAGGCAUCACUUUCCGUCCAACUAUUAACUGCUAUAAAAUGACAUGGUGUAGUGUUCACUCUUCACUUGAAAUGUUAUUAUUGUGAGAACACUUUUUCAGUUGUAGCUAAAUAUCCCAUAGCUUCAGUUUAGAAUUGUAUGUACUUGUCAAGAAAUAAAGUAUUUUCCUUUCAAAAGA